AAGAAGAAGAAAAUCUUCAGUCAUUGAUUAAAAUUAUCAAAAUAAUUCAUUGGUUUAACAGAAAAUGCUUUCACUUUUAAAAAUACAAUUUAUUCAGCAAACAAAUAGGAGGUUGAAAAUAAUGAAAAUAAUAAACUUCUCGCUUAUUUUAUCGCUGUUAUUAACUCUACUACCCCGUAACGACGCUACAUAUAUCACGGAAGUGGUCAGUCCGUGCCCGGUAUUGAAAGUUGAAGGAGCAUUCGAUCGGGAAAUGAAUGGUGUUUACUGGUUGGAUCGCGGUUCACAAUGUGUUCCUUCUUGGGUAUCCAUGACAGAAGGACAAUUCAACUUAUUUUAUUUAGAGAACAGUUUUGAUGGAUGGGUUUUAAGCUCCCAUGCAUGCCACAACUGGGGAGGCUUCAGAGCUUUGGCCCAAACACAGCAACGUGAUCUUCCAUUCUCAAAUGAAAACUUCAUUUGGAAAGAAUUAAAUCCAACAAAUAAUUUAAUAGAAGUGAAUGCCCUGCUGAAAAUAUCCUGUCUUGAAAAUUUUGAUACAAGUUAUUAUGAAAGUUGUCUGUUCACUCGCUGUCUCCACACAAACGAACCAUGUUCGUACGACCCAAGAUAUGACAAGUUCUCCUGCAUUACGCCAGAAAAAAAUUCAACAAGUGGUGAGUCGUUGAAGUCAUCUCAAUUGGCAGAUCGCAACAUCUCGGUCUUGGUGGUGGUCGUCGUCGAAUGCCUUCUUUUGAUGGCCUUGCUGGCAGUUGUGGUGACAUGCCUCUACAGAGUCCAUAAGAUGAGAAGUGAAACCGGUUACAACAUCUUGAGAAACUUUGACAGUCAACCUCCGUAUUAUACAAAAUUAUAACAUCAUUCCACGAUUUUAUUGCCAGCUUCGUUUUUAUAUAACGACAAGAGACGUACAUUUAAUAAGACAUUAAUAAACUAAUCAAAUGAUAUUUUGCUCGUUACAUCAAUUUCAUAGCUGUCCAGUAUUAAUUUGAAGAACUUCAUCACAAUCAGCUCCUGUAGUCGUGCUAGCUAUAAUCGCGCAAUAAACUAUGAAUAUUUCUGAAUGUUUUUGUGAUUUUAUGAAAUUUAAACUUUAUAACCACGAUUAACUAAAAACUUUGUUUUUAGUUACAUAAAUUAAACUUGUCCAUGCAAAUUAGUUUUUAUUAAUUUUGAGAUUAAAAUAAUCAUUCGAAGUAUAAAAA